GCGCAAAUUACGGAUCCAACAGGUAGACAGAAUGGUUCAGGGCAAAGAAAACAUCUCCAAGGACAAGCUGCCGGCUUGGUUGGAUCAGCAGAUGUUCGUGGAGUUUCUAGAUCGCGAUUUCCCGAAUCUUAAAACGAUCAAGUCGUACAGAUUGGAACCCUCAGCCGGAAAAGGGGAGAACUACACAUCGUUACUUCUAAGGGCAAAUUUCGAACUGGAACUAGAUGAUGGCUCCUUAGAGAGUAUCUCCUACAUGGUUAAGCUUUUGCCCAAUUCCGAAAACCGUGAUAAUGUAGCCACGUGGAAGGUUUUCGACAAGGAGCGCACAACAUAUGGAGAAUAUAUUCCGGAAUUCGAGCGGAUGUACAAAGGGGCCGGAAGAGAUAUUACCUUUGGACCACAAUACUAUGAAUCAAAGACUGCACUGGAAGAGGAGCUUAUCGUGCUGGAGGAUCUGAAGAGGAGGGGGUUCGUCAAUGUUAACCGCCACAAUGGCCUGGACAUGCUGCACACUGAGGCCACUUUGGAGAAACUGGCACAAUUCCAUGCGGCCUCCGCCGUGCGAUUUGAGCUCAAGGGAGCCUAUCCUGCCAUCUACAACCGUAACCUGUGCAGCGAAGAGGACGGCUUUAAGGACUUUCGUGAUACUCAAAUGAAGGCCUUCGUCGAAGCGCUUCCACUGUACGAUGCCUCUUAUCUGGCCAAGUCUGUGGAAUCCUUUGGCAGUCAAGCGGAGGACAUGUUCCAGGCCACUGCUCCCCAGAUCGAAGGCGAGUUCCGUGUGCUGAAUCACGGUGAUGCCUGGUGCAACAACUUCAUGUACAAGUACGAUGAGGCCGGAAAGCUGAUCGAAACGUACUUCGUGGACCUGCAGAUGAGUCGGUUCUCGUCACCUGCCCAGGAUUUGCUUUACUUUAUCCUAUCCUCCACCCAAGUGGACAUAAAGAUAGCACAAUUUGAUUACCUAAUCAAGUACUACCAUGAGAAGCUCACUGAGAGCCUUAAGCUACUGAAGUAUUUAAAACCACUGCCCACGCUGAGGAGUCUACAUCAGUCGAUCUUCACCCACGCAGAUUGGAUUCCGACCAUUGUGACCGUUCUCCUGCCAGUUGUCCUGGUCGAGGCCAGUGAUGAUGCCAAUAUGGACAGCUUGAUGGACAGCGAAGCCAGUGGAGCAAAGUUCCGCAACAAUAUGUUCAAGAACCCCCGCAUAAUUCGACACCAAAAGGAGAUACUUCCCUGGGCCCAUCGUCGAGGCGCCUUCGAAGUCAGCAAUUAAAUGUUAAAACUGUUGAUACUUUUUAGUAAGUAAAUAAAGACAAUGCUAUUAUCAGUUCAUAAA